CGGACGGGCUUUCGUCCUGCAUAAUUAGGUAUGCCGUACGUCGCCAAAAUAUGCAACGUAUACAGGCGAUCAUGCCGACUGGCUCUCAUAGUAUGGUACGUAGUAAACUGUGCUUUGGGAAACAUGUGCAGAAGACUUGGGGUGUACUUAAUAAACUUUCGACUUCAACUGUAGUGCUCUUGAGGCAAAAGUUGGCAUCCUGUUAACAAUAGGCAGGUAAAUCGUUGACUUGAUGGCACAUUAACUCCAGAAACAUGAUAGUGUUAUCAUCGUCUUCGGCGUCCUCCUUGUCGGAGACGCCGUCGUUGCUGUCGGUCUUAAAGGCACUACCAGCGGACUGCGUGCGCAACAACUUGGUAUCCGCUUUCGGCAGGCUGACCGAUGCCAACUGCAACCGUGCACGUCCGCCCAUCGGCAGCCAUCAAUGGCUGCCCGGCCAAUGGACGCCUGUGCUCUAUGGCAUCUCCCGCGAAUGGCGCACAUACGCGCGCUGCGUUCUCACGCAUACCCUCACCGUAGACCUCGCCAUUACCGUCUCUCUACAGCGCCCAGGCGUCGGCAACGGCCUCUCCGCUCUGGAAUCCUUCCUCUCCAACUUCCCUAGCCUCCAGCACCUAACCCUGCUUGCCGGAAACGGCGGAGCACCCGUAGACGAUGGCGCGAAGCCGCCCAACAGCCCCGCCUACGGUAACAGCAGCUCCCUGCUUUCCAUGGCAGAGGCCGUCAGCGUAGCGCUCGCAGCCCAGCAGCUCCUCCGUCUAGACCGCCCGGAGCCCUCAGCCGCCUCAGCUUCCGCAGCCAGCCAAGGGCCCCGCCUGACCUCCCUGGAGCUCCGCCUGCACCCAGCAGUCUGGAGGACGCUGCGCGGCGCCGACCCAGAUGACUUUCUGCAGCGCCUAGCAGCAGCUCAUCCCUCCCUGGAGGGCCUUACGCUGCAUGUGGCUGUGCCGGCACCGCCCGGCGCGAGUGUGGCAAGCAGUCCGGCGCCGGCAGGGGCGAGUAUGUCGGGCGGGCCGCCGGUGGUGGUGAGCGUGGCGGCGCUUGCGGGUCUUCCGGAGCUGCAGCGGCUGCACCUGGGGGGCCCUAUCGUGGUGGAGGGGCUGGCGGCGCUUACGCAGCUCAAGGGCUUAACCCUUGAGGGCAUUGUUCCCCCUUCAGCCCACCGCGCCCUGCCCUUCCUCACCGGCCUCACCAGCCUCCGCGUCUCAGACAGCCACCAACGGCCCUACGCCGCCAAUCCCUCAGCCACGCCGGCCCUACGCAACGCCGGCGGCGCUGGCGCGAGCUUUAGCGCCUCCGCAUCCCCCUCCUCCGCCCUCGUUCUCCACCAACUCCGCCGUGACCCCACCGUCAGCGCUCUACGUCUGCGCGUGCUGCACCUCCCAGACGUCCGCCUCUCCCCCAAGGAGUGGGCAUCGCUGUCGCGCCUGGCUCCCACGCUCCUAGAGCUGGAGCUCGCAACCGUAGUGACCCGUGGGUCACGACCCGACGCGAACUCUCGGAACAACAGCGGCGGGGAGCUGCAGGGCAUGGAAACCCGACCCACGGGGGGCUCCCUCGCCACAGCCGCAGCUGCCAUUGCGGCUGCCAUGCCCGACUGGUUCGUUCGCGCGACGGUGGGGGACGAGGCAGCGUACAGCGGCGGAGGCAGCGGCGGUGCGAGGUCAACCAACAGUGGCAGCGGCGGCGGCGGUGGCGCUGCCGCGCAGCGACGUCAGGCUAGCAGCAGCGUGACGGAGGUAGAGCACAACCGUUUGUUGGCGGUAGUUGGCGGCGGCAGCGGCCGCCGCAUCGCCUCCGCCACGGCUGCGGGGACGCCCAAGGGCGGCGGUGCUGCUGCUGCUGUGAACGGCGGCGGCCGAGGCGGGCCGGCCCCCUCCUCCCUGUCUUCCGCCUCCAGCUGUCCGCUGCUGCCGGGUUUGCGGCGGCUGGUGCUGUGGGACUAUCACGAGGCGGGGCAGCUGGUGGAGCUGCUGAGGCUGCUGCCGGACCUGCAGGAGCUGCAUGCUGGCCUCCUGCUAGACGACCCGCCGAACUGCCCCGCCGCUGCUCUGCGUCCCGCCGCCGUCGCCAUGCUUCGUCCCCUGGUGGAAGCCCUGCGGCCGUUGCGUGAUGUACGACUGACGGUUAGCUGUGACCCGGCGGCAGUGACGGGGCAGCUGGCGUGUGUGUUUUUGAUGGAGAGCGGGCUUGCGGCGGUGGCUGGCAUCCGGGGGCUGUCGCUGAACGUGUGGGUUGCGGCUGAGGUUCAGCUGGGCAGCCUGGCAGCGCUGGCACAGCUGAGGAGCCUGGAGCUGACGUUGGGGAAGCAGGAGCAGGAAUCGGAGCUGUCCGUGCUAACGCGGCUCGAGCGGCUGUCGUACCUUUCGCUUCGCAUCACCCCCGGCAUCUGGAACGAGAUCCAAGGCCGUACUGGCCGCGUCACUGCGGGCGCUGCGCUGCGCCUUGCCAUGUCCUUCGCGGCUGGCCAGGUGCUGCUGCUGGUGGCCGACGUGCACCGGGAGAUAUGCGAGGACGAGGCGAUCUCACUGGUUAAAUCCGUGGAGAUGACGACGGGGCAGCCCGGGGCCGCGUGGGCCGUUUCGGCGUGGGUUGAAGAGACGGCGGAAUACAUCAUGGGAUUCGGGCCGAGCGCGGGG